AGGACCCUGUGCCGAGCCUCGGUUCCCCCGUCUUGUGAAACGAAGGUACGGGAGGGUUGUGAGGAUGACUGAGGUGAAAGAACUCUUUUCUUCUUUGGGAGUCGAAUGUAACGUCUUGGAACUUGAUCAAGUUGAUGAUGGGGCCAGGGUUCAAGAAGUGCUGUCAGAAAUCACUAAUCAGAAAACCGUGCCCAAUAUUUUCGUGAAUAAAGUGCAUGUAGGUGGAUGUGACCAAACUUUCCAGGCAUAUCAGAGUGGUUUGUUACAGAAGCUCCUUCAGGAAGAUUCAGCAUAUGAUUAUGAUCUCAUCAUCAUCGGUGGUGGUUCUGGAGGCCUUUCAUGUGCAAAGGAAGCUGCCAUUUUGGGAAAGAAAGUUAUGGUGCUAGACUUUGUUGUCCCGUCACCUCAGGGCACAUCCUGGGGUCUUGGUGGCACUUGUGUAAAUGUAGGUUGUAUUCCUAAGAAAUUGAUGCAUCAGGCUGCCCUUUUGGGGCAGGCAUUAUGUGACUCAAGGAAAUUUGGCUGGGAAUAUAAUCAACAAGUGAGGCACAACUGGGAGACGAUGACAAAAGUGAUUCAGAACCACAUCAGCUCUCUAAACUGGGGCUACAGGUUGUCUCUGAGGGAAAAGGCUGUGGCCUAUGUCAAUUCCUAUGGAGAAUUUGUUGAACAUCAUAAAAUAAAGGCAACCAAUAAAAAAGGACAGGAGACUUAUUAUACUGCUGCACAGUUUGUCAUAGCAACGGGUGAAAGGCCACGGUAUUUAGGAAUCCAAGGAGAUAAAGAAUACUGCAUUACUAGUGAUGACCUUUUUUCUCUGCCUUAUUGCCCUGGCAAAACAUUAGUGGUGGGUGCCUCUUAUGUCGCCCUGGAGUGUGCAGGGUUUCUGGCUGGCUUUGGCCUAGAUGUCACAGUUAUGGUACGCUCAAUCCUUCUCCGUGGCUUCGACCAAGAAAUGGCAGAAAAAGUGGGUUCCUACAUGGAGCAGCAUGGUGUGAAGUUCCUACGGAAAUUCAUACCUGUGAUGGUUCAACAGUUGGAGAAAGGUUCACCUGGAAAGCUGAAAGUGUUGGCUAAAUCCAGUGAAGGUACAGAAACAAUCGAAGAAGUCUAUAACACAGUUUUGUUAGCUAUUGGUCGUGACUCCUGUACAAGGAAAAUAGGCUUGGAGAAGAUUGGUGUCAAAAUUAAUGAGAAGAGUGGAAAAAUACCUGUAAAUGAUGUGGAACAGACCAAUGUGCCAUAUGUCUAUGCUGUUGGGGAUGUUUUGGAGGAUAAGCCAGAGCUCACUCCUGUCGCCAUACAGUCAGGCAAGCUGCUAGCUCGGAGACUUUUUGGGGCCUCUUUAGAAAAAUGUGAUUAUAUUAAUGUUCCGACUACAGUGUUUACUCCUCUGGAGUAUGGUUGCUGUGGAUUAUCUGAAGAGAAAGCUAUUGAAGUAUAUAAAAAAGAGAAUCUAGAAAUAUAUCAUACUUUGUUCUGGCCUCUUGAAUGGACAGUAGCUGGCAGAGAGAACAACACUUGUUACGCAAAGAUAAUCUGCAAUAAAUUCGACCAUGAUCUUGCCAUGUUGCCCAGGCUGGUCUCCAACUCCUGGCCUCAAGUGAUCCUCCUGCUUCAGCUUCCUGAGCAGCUGGGACUGCUGCGCUUUUAUAAUCUUUCUAAGGUAGCUUUCAGGACAAUGCAGAGCACCUCCAUGUUGUCAUUUAGAUAACAUGUCACAGAGGCUGAGCAGUGACAAUUUGUGAUUGAGCCCUACCAGUGUCCUCUCAAAACACAUCACUGAAAGCUGCCUUUUCCCAGGGCCAUCUUGAUAGCUUGAUAGUUUAAACUUGAUAGUUUAGAACUAGAAGAUCUGUGAAAAUUCUGGUCAUCAAAUAAUAAGUUGUAUGUAUGCAUUUUAUAAACAGACUGAAUGUGUGUCAAAAGUCUUUAGAUGGAGAUGUUCACACAAAGUGAAACUUGACUUACUGAGCUAAUUCCUGAUGCUUUCACUAAAGCAACAGCCCAUUAUUGGAGGCUUUCCUCCUCUCAGUUACAAGGGGCGAGCAUCAAAAUGGUUAAUAGCCUUCCUCAGUAGUGCAGUUUAAAGCACAGUUUGUUUAUAAUUUGCUUUAUAAAGAAUUCUGAAUGUAGAAAGCAGUGUUAAGACUUGGUUCUUCUCUUGAAGAGUUUAUCAUCUGGGGAGAGGAAACAUACAAAUAGAUAAAUAUGAACUGCAACAAGUGACAUCUACAUAAAAGUUUACUGAACAGCAGUCAUUAUCUUGUUUAAUUCUCACAUCUCUGUAUUUAUCUUAUUCUCAGUAUAACAGAAAACAGGGCGUCCCAGGCUAGUAGCCCAUUAGCAUGUGCUCUUUUGCCUGAAUGGUGAAGUUAUCCAGAGCUCUAGGGCUUAGUCUCUUGGUAGUUGCAUUUGGCUACAGGGCAGUGACAGGGAUGGUGGUCAUAAUGGCCCUGAAAUGCUCCAGGUUGGGCAAGUUCGCAGCUGUGCUCCUGAGGGUGGGUGCUUAUGUGCUGGGCUAUAUCCUGAUUCUUUGGGACGAGUUAUCUGAGGUCAAUUUUUGGCAGUUGUGGGCUGCCUUUCCAAAGGGAGCAGGGAGAGACUGUACACAUUGUUACCCUCCGAAAGUGAGAGGGUUGGGGUUUGAUGGGAGAGCCGCUGCUGAAGGUGGGACUUGCAGCUGUCAUGCUAGUUCUGACCUCCUCAUGAGGGUGUGGGCUGCACCUCUGUGGCUGUCAGCCCUGUUUCCCAUCUCUGAGCCCCUCUGCUAUGUCCCACACCACCCCUCUGGCUCCCGCCCAGGUCCCGAGGCCACACUCUUGUCCUUGCUCUUUAACCAUGGGGAGCGUGCCCCUUCCCUUUACCCUGGCCACAUGCGUAUUUCUUGAGCAGAACCCUCGAACUUACAAAAUGGAAAUACUUGACUCCAGCUCCAGGGUCAAAAUUGUAAAUGAGACUUCCCUCACUCAGGACCUUCAUUUACAGUUAUCAGUGGAGAUUCUCACCAAGUGUCCUUACUUUGCUCUGAGCCGCACCCCUUUUCUGCUUGCUGAGCAACCCACCACCUCAGGUUCCAAUGCAGCAGUCUUCUGUGGGCCCUGGGAACUCACUCUGAAGCCCCAGCCCAGGUGGCUUCUGCCUGCCCCCCCUCUGGAGUGCCCGUCAGCAGAUGCGGAUGCGUGUGACUGUUCUGAGCUGUUGCUUUUUCCAGAAGCUCAGUGGGCAAGGGUUUCUCCUGGCCCUGGCCUCCGUUGCCCUUUUAUAGUCUUUCUCUUCAUCUCUGGUACGCU